GAUCGCCUUCAGUCUGAAGGUCGCCUUCGGUCCAACGAUCGCCGUUGGUCCAUAGGUCGGGGGUCCAGGUGUCUUAGGUCGACGGUUUUUCUUCGGCUGCUUCUCUGUCUUUGGACUUCUCUCGCCAGCUUGCGCCCCUACCCCCGUCGGGCAUUUUUCUGGCUUCUUUUCUGGUAG